UACACCACAUACUGUAUUAAGUAAGAGGCAAAUAAAUAUGUUUCUUGACAACAUUAGGUUCAUUGCGGCUUCACGAAGAUUACAUCUGAAAUUUUCAUUCAUUACUUUUUCACAUCUGAAAUUUUCAUUAGAUUGACGCAGAAACACAAUAUUCUGCUUGAAUUACAUACUUCACAUUAUGUUUGGACUCUUGAAAUUAAACACUUCUUGAUUAGAUUUGGACAUACGGAUAUGGGAUAACUUCAAAUUCCUUUUGCAUACUUUUAUUUGCUACUAUACUAUUUCUGCCUUCCCAUAACAAAAGAAAGUAAGAAACUGCUUAGAAUCCGUUUUAAACAUCUCCAGUGGUUUACUUUAGUUUCUACUCUAAUAAUAAAGCUUUCUGAAAACAGAGACGUAGUUUGCUUUAAUUGUUCCCUCUCUUUUUACUCUAAAACAUACAAAAAUACCAUUAGUGUAUCACUAAAACACACUCGAAAUAAAUGUUGGAUGCAGUACUAGCAAUCAACCAAAAUAUAUAACAGAUGUUCAAUAAGUCCAAUAGAUGUUUAAACUUGUUAUGAAAAAUCAGCUUAGUGAACAUAUCAGCAGUUUCUACAUUUUUCGCUCGAGUCCUCUUCUCAUCUCUCGAAGAUAAUAUCUCAUUUCAAUAGGCUUGGUCAUUUUAUGAUGAACAUGAUCAUGCAUUUCAAGAUCACUGAACAACUUUCUCAAGCAGAUAGUACUCAAACUACCACAAUACAUUGUAAUGAUCAUGAUGCAUAUCAAAAUUACUUAACAAUCCUCUCAACCAUCCCCUAUUUUUUUUCUUUAAUAGUUUCAAUCAACACCAUAUACUCUACUUUAGUAGUACAGUUGACUGCAAAUUUUCUUUUUAGGUAGCAGUAAACCACCCAAAGUAAACACAUAGGCAGUCAUAACCGAUUUAAUGCAUAUCAAAACUACAAAUGAAAAUAUGGAUACAACACGUGCAAACUGUGAUAUCACACAACUUGCAGUCACAUCUGAAUUUGAUCCAGUUUGAGGUCACUUAGGCCAUGUUCCUUAUUUGAUGCAACAUCUAGAUGCAGUAUCUGAAUACAAGAUAUGGAUGUUGCAUUUGACGUUGUUCAGUUUAUAAUUAGUAUUUGCGUCAAAAUAAAACAUCUAGAUGCCAAGUUGUUAUUUUUUAAUUCUUCGAUAGCAUUUGAAUGCUAUUAGCUAAAAAGAGUGUGAUUGAUAUUAUUAAGGGCAAUUGUCCAAAAGAACACCUUUCAAGUUUAUGUCACAAAAAUGACACCAGGAAAUGAAAGUCACAAAAAUGACAUUCAUUAAAGGGUAAAAUGUCACUACUACCCUUCUGUUAUAAGAAUAAAAAAAAACAAACAAUUCAUUUCCUUCACUCGCGACUCUUCGAACCGUGUCGUCUCCGGCUCGGGAAUCUUCAAACCCUCACCGGCACUGUCGUCUCCGGCUCGCGAAUCAUCGUCUCCGGCUCGGGAAUCAUCGUCUCCGGCUCGGGAAUCAUCGUCUCCGGCUCGGGAAUCAUCUUCUCCGGCUCGCUAAUCAUCUUCUCCGGCUCGCUAGUCAUCUUAUUCGGCUCGCUAAUCAUCUUCUCCGGCUCGCUAAUCAUCUUCUCCGGCUAUCUAAUCAUCAGCGUCACACUCUCUACUCUCAAAAUCGGACACAAAUCACUAUGUAACUUUUUAAAAUUAGGGUUUUUGAAUUAAAAUUUGUGAAGCUUGCGUUUUGAUUUUGAUUUGUUUGUUACUCUUUCUUAUUAACCAGCGAAGCAAAUGAAAGACUUUUGAAUUGUGGGAACACAAAGUUGUUGGAGCAUAAUUCAUCUCUUUGAGGAUAGAAACAAGAUGGGAGAUUCAGUACCUCUAAAACUAGCACUGCCAGAGCUGAAGUAUCCUAUUGGUUCACAGCCAAAGCAAAAGUCAGCAAUCAACCAAUAUUCCGGCUCAGAGUAUAUCUCCAUUAUUGACAGCAUCCUAAAACCAGAUGAGAUGAUAAGAGUCCGAGGAUUAUUUCUGGGACCUAUAAUGAAGCUCAGUGAGAGAGGAUUGAAGUUAUCAGCAAAGAUAGUCUACGCCAUUCUCACUAGAAGCAUCGUUUCUGCCAAGGAGAAUGAAGCCUGGUUCCAUUUCGGUGCGCAGCCAAUGAGGUUCUCUAUAAGAGAAUUUCAUAUGAUGACAGGCUUGAAAUGUAGUGGUGCAUUAGAAGGACCACGAAGGGAAACCGAGAGAUUUAAUUGGGAAUUGCUAAAGGGGCGUAGUCAUAAGUUAAGUGACGUGGUGGACCAGCUCAGAAACACAAGAGAAGAUGCUUCUGAGGAGAGAGUAUGCCUCGCAAUGCUCAUCCUGGUAGAGAGCAUAUUAUUGCGGAAGAGCAAAGGAGGGAGUUUUCCUUUGGAAUAUGCGAAAAAUGCACAGGAUAUGACAUAUCCAUGGGGAAAAGAGGCUUACAUUGUGCUCCUGAAGUCAAUUCAAAACGCUGUCGCGAAUCAUUUGGAGAAUAAAUCCAAAUUUGAGUUGCAAGGUUAUCCUCUAGUAUUCCUUCUUUGGAUACUAGAGUCGAUUCCUUUGCUAAGGAAUAAGUUCAGUAAGUGUGUACCAACAGUUGAGGUUCCUGGGCCGACUUACUUGUGUGAAAAAUACACUGAGGUAGAGAAUCCAUCACUUGAUAGGGUUUUACAGGUUGAAGCUGAUACAAAGCUGAAGGUCCAUUGCAUACUACCUUCUAUUCCUCAUGAUCCAGAAGAUGAUAUCUCCAUUGAAGACAAAUAUAGUGACGAGCUGGAAACACUGAAAGAUGUAACAAAGAAAGGGUACAAGUUACAGCCGAUGACUGGGAAAAUAGGUGUGUAG